AAUCAAAAGCACGUCACAUGUCCUCAGUAUAGAGCGAGGAAGCCUCCCUUGCGGCAGGUCGUUCUUGCUGCUAUAUGGGGUCCAUCCAGGCCAUGGACUUCAUCGUGUCGUCAGGGAACAGGUCGUUGGACUGAUCGAACAUGCUAAAGUCGGGGAUGGCAUCAAGCUCGGGCACACCGAACAUUGACUGGGGCCCGCACUUGGGCGAAGCCGGCGGCGUAGAGAAGGGGUUGGAGACGGUACGGCCGGACGCGCUGCGCUUGGGGUUCUUCGGCGAACCGUUGCGCUUGGGGCCCUUGGGGACGAUGAGUCUGUCGUCGUCGUCGCCCGCGUUGGAGGGCGCCGGCGACAUGGGAGGAGUCGCGGCGAAAGUCUCAGCCGUCAUGCGGAACAACGUCUCGCCGGAAUUGAAGUUCUCCUCGUCAUCGUCGUCCUUGUUGGUAGGUGGCGGCGGGUUGUUCUUGGGCGUGUUGCGCGCCGAGUUGGCCCUCUCGAAAGCCUUCUCAAACGGACUCGUGGUGGGCUCCUCGGGAAUCCUACGGAGGGUUAGCGGAUGGCUCUAUGAGGAGGUAGUUGCUCGGAAAACUUACUUGAAGGCAGUUGCCGUCGAUUCUUGAGAAGACUGCGAGUGCAGGCUUGCCAGACCGGCGAAUUGCGGUUGGUGGAUCUCGACCUCCUGCAUGGGAGACUGCGAGGAUUCGGGCGAGGAGCUGGAGGAGAGAGAAGAGGCGUAGGCCAAGGCCUUGCGAGUCUUGUUCGCCUUCUCGACGCGCUCAUCCAUCUCAGG